CUUGGAGUGGUAGCAGCACCCACCUCUGCCUUACAUUGUCAUCUGAUGCACGGCCACAUUAGGUUGACACUGGUCGAGUCCCAGCCCGCAGUGCUGCUCCCCGGGCCCGCCAGGCUCACUUGGCUGCUCCUGACCAUCACCUUCACCUGCACGGCCAUGGGGUGCAUCCAGAGCAUAGCCUGCAACAAGUCGCGCAUCAAGCGCGAGAACAUCGUGGUGUACGACCUGUCCGCCACCAUAGACCACUGUCCGACUGUCAUCGAGGAAAACUCGCCCAUAGUUCUCCGAUACAAGACACCCUAUUUCAAAGCCUCGGCGCGGAUCCUGAUGCCCCCCAUCCCGCGUAAUGAGACAUGGGUGGUGGGCUGGAUCCAGGCGUGCACGCAGAUGGAGUUUUACAACACGUACGGAGACGUCGGCAUGUCGAGCUGGGAGCUGCCGCAGCUACGGGAGGGCCUGGUGAGGGCCAUCAGUGACUCAGAUGGCGUGAGCUACCCCUGGUAUGGAAACACCACGGAAACCGUCACCAUAGUCGGUCCCACGUCGAAGCCAUCCCGCUUCAUCGUCAGCAUGAAUGACAACUUUUACCCUAGCGUGACCUGGGCUGUGCCGGUCAGCGAAUCGAACACACCCUUACUGACUAACAUCAAGAGGGACCAGAGCUUCACCACCUGGCUGGUGGCGCUCAACACAACAUCCAGGGAAAAGAUCCUGCUCCACACCAUCAAGUGGCGGAUGAGGGUUGACAUUGCAGUGGACCCUUCCCUGCCGUUGGGUUCCAGGGCCAGGCUGGUGGGCAGAGUGCAUCAGGACCAGCCACGUGUGCUGACCCGCAUGGAGCCCAUCCCUCUUAACGCUAUGGGAAGGCCGAAUGCAAACGAUGCGCAGGUUCUGAUGUGGAGGCCGCGACGAGGCCCCCCACUUGUUGUCAUACCGUCCAAGUAGAGCUCUGAGAGCAUUUGGCCGACUGUUCUUUAAGGAUAU